UGUCAAUUCCCUCGGUGGUCCUCAUUCUUUCCCCUCAGGGCGCCUUCAUUGCCGAUCCGCCACAAAUCUUGCACCCCCAGUUACUGCCAGUAGUGCUCCACUAGGCCGCUGGAACGAACAGAUCUGCCUCCAGCCUCUCCGUUAUUAUUAUUUGGCCGUCUGUGUGCUUGCAGCUCCGGCACGCUCUGGCCUUUCUUUUCUCCUUUUGUCUUUCCCCACCUCGGGCACGCUUCUCUCACACGGACAGGACAAUUGUUCGAAAGGAGUCGACCUACCGAUAUUUAACCGCGGGUGGGCUGACGGCUAACCUUGCUGGAGCCGGUGGAUCAUCAUAUCUGGUGACAGUGUUGAAUAGAAGGAGAUUUUCCACCUGCCUCACAUCUCUCGUCGCACCUCUCAUAGCUCCCCCUCAUAUCCGAUUGCAGUAGUCUGCCUGUCAUGUCUGACGAGCCUACGAUCCUUCGCCCACGUCCGCGACGUGUGUUCGACCUCACGCCCGAAGAGCCCUCUACCCCUGCGGAACCCGCCAACCCAGACCUGCUGACGCCCAGAGAUGGUGGUUCUACCAGUGUGAGCCGCAAUGCCUCGAUUAUGAACUUGACCUCCUCGACGCUGUAUGGUAUCUACUCUCCCACGGCGUUCGAAAGCCCUCGGGACGACUCUAGCCCCUGGGGGACAGAAGCCCACACACCCCAGCCAGGAAGCCCGAGAAUCCAGCCGGAAGCUCCAGCACCAGGCAAACUCCAGAGGACGCGCUCACGCCUCAGCCACGGUCUGUUUCGUGGCGUUAUCCUUCCGCAGGCAUUGAAGAGCGCUUUUUUGUUUGGCUUUGGCAUCGUUUACGGGGUCAUCACAAUUCAUCUGCAUGAGAAUCACUGGAUUACCCCGGUGAAAUUGGAAAAUACUCACUAUUACGGAUCAUGGCAGUACCUCGCCUUUUGGGGUGUAGCCGGCGUCGCUUUGGGAAAUGUCCUUCCUUGGUUCGACCAGUUCUCGGGCGAAAUCAUUGAUAACCCCAAGACGAGCAGGUCCAGCGACCAGGAGGCUGCGGAUCGUACUGUAUCGUGGGUUGCAGUGGUUCGCAGCGUUGGCGCAUUUGUGGGCAUCGCAUUUGCCAUGCGCCGGCUUCCCUGGGAAUCCACUACUCAAGCAUCGGUGACUCUCGCACUCGUCAACCCGGUGCUAUGGUACCUCAUCGACCGUACUCGAACCGGAUUUUUCUUGUCAACUGUGGUUGGAUUGGCCGGGAUGGGAGUUAUAUUGGGACUCAAGCCCGACUUGAUACCAUCUGCAGAGACCUCUGCUCCUUCAGCACCCAUCUCAAACAUCACCGGAUGGGACUACGGACUUGCAGUUGAGAUGUCGCAGGAAAGCAUUGCAGUACGGACUUGGGUUGCCAGCGUCCUUUUCUGCGCAUGCGUAUGCUUUGGAAACAUUGGCCGACAGCUUGCACCAGAGUCGCUGAAAAAAUGACGCGACAAC